AGCAAAGGAGAUUCAGCAAAAUGAAAAUGUGAAAUAUUUCAGGUCAAGAUCGCGACAAUCUUGAAGAUCUACAAGCAAAACGAGAAAAUGAGAAUAUACCAUCAAAAAUCUGACAGUUCUAUCUUGAUGAUCAUGAUCCAGUUGUCUUUGAAAUUUACCAAUUUCAUCAAUUGAGAUUCUGCUCCACAGUGCUCGUGUCUCUUCUUGCUUUUUUUCCAACUACAUCUUAACUAACCUUCUCUUUUUUAUUCCACAAGUACUUGCCGAAUCUCGUUUUAGAUUUUGAAGAAUUUCAUAUUCAUCGAAGCUAAUCUUAUUUUAAGGGCGCUGUUGGCGAAAAAAUGGGUCAAUUUAAGGACAAGCGGUUCAAGAAGAACCAUAAGAAAGAUCGUGGCGUGAGCAGUUUCGAAGCCGUAAAAGCAAGAAAUGCGGCCGUUACUGACGAUGAGGAGGAUCCCCGGAAGAAGAACGACGAUGCAGAGAGCUCUUCAAGUGGCGAAGAAGAGACUCCUUCCAACACAAAUAAAGGAGACAGCAAGGUAUUUGUGAAAGAGAAGGGUAAAACCGUGCACGAUCUGAUCGAGCACCAGGCAUUGAACGGAGGCCUCGAUAACGAUGAGGCACUCAUGGCAGAGGGACCAACGAGAAAGCAGAGAGAAGAAAUCGAAAAAGAACGGAAAAAGAGAGCGUACUCUCUACUUGAGGAUUUCUGACAGACUGUUUCUUCUAAGUAAUAUGAAUAUGUCCCGAAGCAAAUCAAAUUCAAAAUUGAUAGGGCGAUAGGCAAAUCUAUAUCAAUCGUGAUUGUGUGUUACAGCUGAACUGGUUUUCAUUUUCAAGUUCUUCCUUCAUUUUUAUGACGUUCAAUCCUUCGUCCACCUCAGGUAUGAAAAGCUGCACAAGGAGGGAAAAACCGACGAGGCGAAAGCGGAUCUCGCUCGAUUGGCCGAGAUCAAGGCUCGUCGCGCCGCCGCGGCACAGGAGCGCGAGGACAAGAAGAAAGAAGAGGAAGCGAAGGUUGCUGCCUUGCGAGGGACGAGCUCGUCGGCUUUCGUCGAAAAUCUGGGUGGCGAAAAAAGCCGCAAAUUGCCAGGUGGAGCGGGCAGCAAGAAGCGAGCUGACGAGUGCGGCGACAUGUACAGCGCGUACAAAGGCGAAGGGAUCGCUGAUGCCAUGGCGCAAGAUGCGAAGGACGCGCUUCACGGCAGUAUUGAGGCAUGCCGUGCGGCAGAGGACGACUUCAUGUGAGCUUUGUGAUUUUCUUCUGAGGAAGGAUUACCGACAUAGAAGAAAAUCACAGUGCUACUACGACACUAGCGGACUACAGGCGCAGGGGAUUGCUGUACAACUGCAUGGUCAGAAUGAACUUUCCUCCCCUGCCACGACUGUUGCUUCUGAAUACAUCACCACUUGCAAUCUUUGAAUCAAUUAAUUGGAAAGUAGCCCUUUCCAUACGGACUCGCACACGACUUGCUUUAUUGUUCGUUCAACAUCGAACUCGAAGUCGAAGGUAAAAAACUGAACUGCUGGACGAAAAAUCAUGCACAAUCUACUUUUUCGAGUGGGGCUCUUUUUUCCGCGCUUCGCUCAUGAUGUUGUUGUGUUUGAAUAUGUACAUCAUUAGGAAUUGUGAUUGGGUGUUGUUGAUCUUGAUGCUCGAAAAUAAGUGUGCAUAAUGCUGUAGGGUGAGACUGAGAAUGAGAAAUAGCAGCGUGCCAAG